AUGAACCGGUUAGGAAACGACACCCGACAAAACGCCCUCUCCAAGUCGUUCUAUCACUUCCGGGGUAUUAUUAUCCGCUCCCUCCGCGAGGAUAUCGAAGUUAGACACAGUCGUAAUGGCGAUGUGCUUGUUGCCGGCAUCAUUUCACUUUUACUCGCUGAUGCUCACCAAGGCGCCUCAGCGAAUUGGCGACAGCAUCUCAAAGGGGUCCACAGUCUGGUUACGGUCCGCGGAGGUAUCCGUGCACUAUCGGGUACAAAGAGCCUAGAUCAAUUGCUUCUCUGCUUUAUGUUCGUUGCAAUACUCGGGAACACGACAUCACCUGCGUCGAGCCUUGCCAUGACCGGAUCGCACCUCGAGGACCUGGACAUUAUCGUCAAUCAUUAUGGACAGAGGCUGUUUUCUUUCCAAAUGUGCCCCCCGAAACUGUUCGCCGAGUUGAUCAAGAUCAAUCACCUUCGUAUGCGAGCUAUGGAAAGUGGACAUGCCGAGGCUGAGUGUCAUACACAAGAGGCGUGCAACAUUCUAGACCGUAUUCACAUCUUCUCACCGAAGGAAUGGUCCGAGUCCAAACCUUGCUCCCGAGAAGGAUGGAUGCUGGUAGGGAAGAUAUACCAGGCUGCUGUGUCACUAUACUGCAUCCUGUCACUGCAAAGCCUGUCGAUCCUGCCACUCACUUCCGAGAUGAGCGCCAAGUGCGCCGAACACGGCCGGCUCCUCCAAGAGCAACUCGACUCGGCCAUGUCAUCCCCUGGAACCAAGUACUCCAUGAUCUGGCCCUUGGUCUUACUUGGGGUGCAGGCCGCGAACGGCGACGCAGCUAUGCAGGCUUUCGUGUCAGAAAAGCUGCCGGAGCUCAGCUACUAUAUCGGCUCAAAUGUGCCGACGGUAGCAAAGGCCGUGCUGGAGAGGUUCUGGGCUUCAGGCGAGACGCGCUGGGAUGCUUGCUUCGAUCGCCCGUACGCGUUUGUGACCCAGAUUGCGGUGGACAUGAGCCAGCUGGUGCAAGAAGGCUGA